GAAUACUAUCGAUUUUUGCUUUCUUAGAACCCUAAACCCCAAGGUGCAGUCUGCUGCCGCUCCUUUACACUGCAUCAGUUGCAUAACACAAGAGAGGAAGACAAUGAAAUUCCACGCUCUCCGAGAUCGAAAUCAACCCUAAAAUUUGAAUCAGACCAUUCUUCUUCCCAUCUGAUUUUUUCCAACUUCGCAUCAUAAUCGUUGUGAUUGGUUCUCACCAUGUCAGCUUUAUCUAGAGGUCUCAUUUCUCGUCUUCGUCUUCUCUCGAUCAAUUCCGGCGCUUCUCAUUCAGUUACUUCUUCUUCUUAUUCUUCUUCUUCGAGGACAAAUGCGUCUUGUUACUACUUCUUCCGUGCUUUCAGUACUCAGGAUUUGACUCAGGCUAGCGAUGGGUCUUUGCCAGCUUCUUCGAUUAUUGAAGCUAAACCCGGUACUAUGAGCAGUAACUCUAGGCGGACGGGUGUUAUUGCCGUCAAGUGUGGAAUGUCGGCGUUGUGGGAUAAAUGGGGAGCUAGGAUACCCAUCACUGUGCUCUGGGUUGAUGAUAAUAUUGUGUCUCAGGUCAAGACUAUUGAGAAAGAAGGUAUCACAGCUUUACAGAUUGGCUGUGGACAGAAGAAGGAAAAACAUUUGAGUAAACCUGAAUUAGGCCAUUUUAGGGCUCAAGGUGUUCCAUUGAAAAGGAAACUGAAGGAGUUCCCAGUGUCACAAGAUGCACUUCUUCCAGUUGGUACAGAAAUUGGCGCCCGCCAUUUUGUUCCUGGACAGUAUGUUGAUGUGACAGGAAUAAGUAGAGGGAAAGGUUUUCAGGGAGUGAUGAAAAGGCAUGGUUUCAAAGGAAUGCCAGCAUCUCACGGAGCAUCAUUAUCUCAUAGGAGCGGUGGUUCUACGGGUCAGAGGGAUGCUCCUGGAAAGGUUUUCAAAGGAAGGAAGAUGGCUGGGCGUAUGGGUGGAAAGCAGAGAACUGUGAAAAAUGUGUGGAUAUACAAAAUUGACCCUGCAAGGAACUUGAUAUGGGUGAAAGGACCAAUCCCCGGUGCCGAAGGAAGCUUUGUAUUUAUAAAAGACGCCAUGUACAAGAGACUCAAUAAGUCGGCAAUCCUUCCAUUUCCUACGUACUUUGCAACUGAUGGUGAGGACACAGACAAGUUGGAACCUCUUGUUGCUGAUCUUGGAGAAGUAGAUCCAUUUAUGAUUGGAGAUUGAUUAGGAGUUAGCCUUCAGCGCAAGUUGUGCACUUUGCUCUGCUUUUUCCUUUUAUUGAUGGUGUUUGCAGGUAUGCUUAUUGACCAACCCUUACGGGUAGUCAAUUUCACUAUAGAGAACUGCAGUCGGAGGAUCUCUACGAGGUGAUCGAAUCUUCUAAUCCGAUGGUAUUCUUCUACAGUUAUAUUUUUCUUUUUAAAAAUUUUCUCACCAUCUCAAACCUGUACCGGAAAAGACCAUUUUUGAAAUAAAGAGUAGAGAGAAGAAAAAGAAAAAAGCUAUGAUUAUUCAGAAUUUUUGGUUGAGUGAUCUUAUAACUUCUUUUGGGAAUUGAAGUUAAUGUUUAUGUGAUCUUUAGAAGAAGAUAUUGUUCAUGGCUGCCAAUUGCGUUAGCAAUUUCUUACUAUUCAA